UGCAUAUCGCUGGCCGCACAGCGGCGCUGCGCUACACAAUCUUUGCUGUAGUUGUAUGCGAUACAACCAGGCUGUUUGACGUGACUUGUGGAAUGGUGGAAUCGAGAAGCAUUCGAUGGUCAUUAUUUAUCACUGAACUGCUUGAGUUUUAGCGAUGACGGCUGUGCUGGAACCUUCCAGGUGUUGAAGCUUCGUUAACAGCGUCCCAAGUAGGAAAACCAAACUGCACAAUCUGCAAAGGCGCCUGAGCUGUGUGUGAACGUUUUGGACCUUCCGCAUAUUGCGCAUAUCCGCUGGAACAUUAUUUUACCUACGGAACGCGUUACAUACAUGUGCAUGUAGGUCCGGAGUAAGCUGGAAUUCACAACCUUUUCACCGUUUAGUUCAGCAGGCUUUGUAUUAGAAGAAAGUCUGCUGUUGGACGUAUGUGACACAAGCAUCACCAUAGUAACUCACCGACUGUUUUUUUUUCAGAACUUUUUGCUGUUCUGAAAUAAACAGUCCAGCGCGUACUACAACUGAGUCGAUUUCACGCCGCGUGAUUCUAGCGCGGACAACAAGCCGACACACCCGUCGCAGUACAGGCGGUAGUCUCUCAAGGGAGUACCGUUCCAGCGUGAAACUGGAGCGACCAAGGCAAUCAGCGUUUAUAUUUCACAGACAGAAUUUUGUAAUUUUUGGCUUAGUGCCAGAUCGGACUAACAACAGACAGUGGACCUCCGAGCUAUGCACCGAUUUAAGACAUUGUGGACGUUUGGUCAGCUCCGGCCAGUUAACUUCAGGACAUUAUGGCUGUCCGGCAUGAGGGCCGGAUGUGGACAUGGACAACAGUCCUGGCGCUGCUAUGUCACUCCUGUGGCCACAGAGCCCUUUCUGAGUGGCAGCAGUUCAAACUAUGUGGAACAAAUGUACCAGUCAUGGCUUGAAGAUCCCAAAUCAGUGCAUAAGUCAUGGGACAUCUUCUUCCGCAACGCACAGAAUGGAGCUGCCCCCGGCAUGGCAUACACUUCACCCCUAGUGCCUACCCCAGCUAUAUACCAGGCACCUGCCCAGUCGGUCAGUCCUAUACCAGUUAGGGCACUGGGAGCACCCUUGGACAAACGUGUUAUUGAAGAUCACCUGUCAGUCCAAACGAUCAUCCGAUCCUACCAGAUUCGUGGCCAUAACAUUUCCAAUUUGGAUCCGUUGGGAAUCAACAAUGCUGAUCUGGAUGGUGAAACACCCAAAGAGCUCCUUACUAAGAACUAUGAGUUGGGUGAGCAUGACAUGGACCGGGUGUUCACUUUGCCCCAGACGACCUUCAUUGGUGGUGAACAGACUGCCCUACCAUUGCGGGAGAUCAUCAGGAGACUGGAGGACACUUACUGCCGGAGCAUUGGUGUGGAGUACAUGUUUAUCAAUGACAGGCAGCAGUGUGAUUGGAUUAGAGAGCGGUUUGAAACGCCUGGUGCCAUGCAGUUCACCAAAAUGGACAAACGGCUGAUCCUUGAGCGGCUGAUACGCUCCACCAGAUUCGAGGAGUUUCUGGCCCGGAAGUGGUCGGCUGAGAAACGCUUUGGCCUGGAGGGAUGUGAAGUCCUGGUGCCUGCCUUGAAGAGCAUUAUUGAUGUCUGCAGUGGCCAGGGAGUCGAGAGCUUUGUGAUUGGUAUGCCGCAUCGUGGUCGUCUGAACGUCCUUGCCAAUGUUGCACGCAAACCCUUGGAGCACCUAUUCUGCCAAUUUGAUUCCAAGCUGGAAGCAGCUGAUGAAGGUUCAGGUGAUGUCAAGUACCACCUUGGCAUGUCCCACUCGCGCUUGAACCACAUCACCAAGAAAGACAUCCACAUUGCCAUUGUGGCCAAUCCCUCUCAUCUGGAGGCUGUGGAUCCGGUGGUGCAGGGCAAAGUCCGUGCUGAGCAGUUCUACCGAGGGGACACUGAGGGUAAACGGGUGAUGAGCAUCCUAAUGCACGGUGAUGCUGCAUUUGCUGGCCAGGGCAUUGUCUAUGAGACGUUUCAUCUGUCAGACCUGCCAGAUUACUCCACCCAUGGCACCAUCCAUGUUGUGGUCAACAACCAGAUUGGUUUUACAACUGACCCUCGCUAUGCCCGAUCCUCUCCCUACUGCACAGACGUAGCCCGUGUGGUGAACGCACCCAUCUUCCAUGUGAAUGCUGAUGACCCAGAGGCUGUGAUGUAUGUGUGUCAGAUUGCCUCACAGUGGAGAUGUACCUAUGGCAAGGAUGUAGUGAUUGACUUGGUGUGUUACCGCCGCAAUGGUCACAAUGAGAUGGACGAGCCUAUGUUCACUCAGCCCCUAAUGUACAAGAAAAUCCGCAGCCACCAGCCUGUGCUGUCCACAUAUGCAGAGGCUAAGAUCAAAGAAGGUGUCAUGACACAGCAAGAAUUUGAGGAAGAACUUGCAGGCUACGACAAGAUCUGUGAAGAUGCUUAUCAGAAUGCAAAGACAAUUGCGCAUGUCAAGAAUUCUGAUUGGCUGGAUUCUCCCUGGACAGGUUUUUUCAAGAGUGAUGUGCCCCUUCGCUACCCACCCACUGGGAUCAGUGAGGACAUUCUCAGAGAUAUUGGGGAGAAAUUCAGCAGUGUGCCAGAGGAUUACAACCUUCAUGGAGGUUUGAAGCGUGUCCAGCGUAGUCGCUUGGACAUGGUGAAGAACCGCGCUGUGGACUGGGCUUUAGGUGAGGCUCUAGCCUUUGGGUCCUUGCUGAAAGAAGGCAUCCAUGUCAGACUGAGUGGGCAGGACGUUGAGAGAGGAACCUUCAGUCACCGACAUCAUGUUCUCCAUGACCAGAAUGUUGACAAAAAGUACCUGUCUCCUCUGAACAACCUGUACCCAGAUCAAGCCCACUACACAGUCUGCAACAGCUCCCUCUCCGAAUUUGCCGUCUUAGGAUUUGAGCUGGGUUUCUCCAUGACCAACCCCCAUUCGCUUGUCAUCUGGGAGGCUCAGUUUGGUGACUUCCACAACAAUGCCCAAUGCAUCAUUGACCAGUUCAUAUCCAGUGGACAGGCAAAGUGGUGUCGCCAGAGCGGCAUUGUCAUGUUGCUCCCUCACGGAUAUGAAGGCAUGGGACCAGAGCAUUCUAGUGCUCGCAUUGAGCGUUUCCUGCAGAUGAGCAACGACGACCCUGAUGUUAUACCAGCCCUGAAUGAUGACUUUGUUGUGAAUCAGCUGUACGACUGCAAUUGGCAGAUUGCCAACUGCACCACACCAGCCAAUAUGUUCCACAUUCUGCGCAGGCAGAUCAUGUUGCCCUUCCGGAAACCGCUCAUCGUCUUUACACCAAAAAGUCUUCUCCGUCAUCCUGAUGCCAAGUCAUCUUUUGAUGAUAUGAUCGAAGGAACAAUGUUCAAGCGUGUUAUUCCGGAGGAUGGAGUGGCCACUCAGAAUCCCAGUAAUGUCCGCAAGGUGGUACUGUGCUCAGGGAAAGUGUACUAUGACCUGGUGAAAGAGAGGGAGAAGAAGGGUCUCAAUGCUGAUAUUGCCAUCACUAGAUUGGAACAGAUUUCACCGUUCCCAUAUGAUCUGAUCAUUGAGGAGCUAAACAAGUAUCCCAAUGCCAAAAUCCAGUGGUCCCAGGAGGAACACAAGAACAUGGGGGCGUGGAACUAUGUCCAGGCACGCAUCCACACAGCGAGUAACUGGAAACGACGCUGCACGUAUGCGGGUCGGGCAGCAUCUGCUGCCACUGCAACUGGCAACAAGUUCACUCACCUGAUCGAGUUGGACAACUUGAUGAGUGAGACCAUGAAGUUAGAUUAAAGUAAUCCAGCCAAGUCCAAAUUAGUUUGGCCUUCAUCAUACUAGGACAAAUGUUACAGCAGUUAAUUAUUGUAUGCCUCACAUUAUUUGCUUGCUAUUUUAAUUGUACUUUUGAACAGCUAGUUUGAGAGCUGGAAAAUGAAAAUUGCUGUGGUUGGAAGAGUAGAAAUUAAUCUCAUACAGCUACAUGUACAACUGUAAUUCAGCCCUCUUUUUCUUUUUUUUCACUUUUUGAUGCCCAAUAUAUGUUUUGCUCUGAAUAGGAAGCUUUGGUUUUAAGUAUUCUAAGCGUGCUAGUUUUCUGAAAGUCACUUUAAUCCCAUAAAUCUGCUCCUUUCAUCCAUUACUGGGACAUUUGAUACCGCUGAAUAUCCAGUGAAUGAAUAUGGAAAACAUUUUCACCUUACAGCAACAGGAGAUGGCAUGUUUGUACAAGGCAACAACAUUCUAUUGAUAGGGACAAACCACAUGGAUGCACAGGUUCAUGCUUGCUAUCAGCGGUGACUGCAUCUACAACCAAUUUCUGUUGCAGUGGAUAUUGCCACCAUUACAUGUUUGGAAUAGACCCAAAACAUGAUGCCACACUUUGUAUACAUGUGUGCUUUCUAUAUGGGGCACGAUGGAUCACGUCGCACCUUACUGCUAUGGGAAAGUGCACAUGUAAGCAAAGCCUGACAUCAAAUUUGUAAUAGGUUCAUUUAUUAGUGAGACAUGCAAAUGAAAGUAUGUGCAUGAAAAUUAUUGCUUUCAUUUGCUUUUGUGAUCAGAAUUGGCAUUCAAUUCCAGAGAAGUCUUUGCUGGACUUUCCAUGUGCUCAACGAACCAUUAGAGUAUCCACUACAAUGCCAGAGUUUGAUUACAUCUGGGGUGGUAUAGGUGUGUAUGUAUUCUAGUCUUGACUUCUUGUUUUGAAAUAUUCCUACUUUCAACUAAGUUUUUGAUCAAAGAUUGCAUUUGAGGUUGACUUUACUGUGUCAUAACAUACCAUAAAAGGGAUUCUGCUUUAACCUUAUUAUUAGUUAUCCAUGCUAGAGAAUGCUGCUUUAUUAGAACAACUGCUGAUUCCCUUUCUGAAAAUAUCCAAUUUCUGAAUGGCACACCCACUGCAUUUUCCUCGAAAGAAAAUUCUGUACCAAAGAUUCCUUUGUGCCAUAGCAUGCGAAAUAUUGCCUUAAUUGUUGAACUACUGCUGUACAGCUGUUCAGAAUAGUUAGACUGAAUUAAAAGUGCCUUUUGUACUGCUAAGAAAGUUUUAAUGAUUUUGGUUUUCGGUUCAGCUUUUGUUAAUCAAUUGAGAAUGGCACCUUUAAAGCUUUGGUUUGGGUUGUUUUUGCUUUAUUUUGUCUGAUUUUUCUUUAAGUUAUUUUGGUUUUGUUUUUGACGAACGAGAUCCCAUGUGGAUUUUAGCAUGAAAUAAAUUUAGAAUCUCAAGUUUCCUGGUCUACUUUUGCCAAAUAGGUGUAAUUCUAUUGAGAAGGAUCACACCUUAAAACUGUAAACCAACGAACUGUUUUGGUUGUUCAUUCAUACACUUACGCUUGCACCCUCUUGUGGAAUUUACUCCAUGACUAGGAUCUUGGGUUUUAAACAUGUUAGCAGUUUCUUUAGAUGUUGGCAAAUGAAAAGUUUUGAGGGCAACAUUGGGAUUCACGAAGCACCAAUGUUAACUUGCCAGUGGAAAAAUAUGAUAUGUGUGUGUCCAAACACCUACAUGUAGCUCUACGUAAUGCUGAGUGGGGUUCUGAGUGGCGUUGCAUAUGACUCGGUGCAACAGCAUUGGAGAAAUCUUGAGUUACUGAGUACUGUGAGGAAUAAAAAAAUUGUUUAGAGGGGAAAUACUGGUUUCCUAAGCUGAGAGAAGGUAAAGUAACAGAGCUUGUAAAUAAAGAAAUGAACACUUUGAUUCGAUCAUGGCUGAAAACGUCGAUUUUGAGAUGUUGGGAUAAUGUAUGUGCCUAUUAACACCGCUAUAGUUUGGGAGGUUGAGAAGAAAAUCAGUGCGCACGAGUCUCAGUGGCACAUUGUGGGACAAAUUUAGGAGCUUCCACUUAAUAGUCUAAUGGAGUGCCGUUUGCUCGGAAAUCUUAGCGUGUUUGUAAACUUAAAUAAAAUAAGUGAUUUUUGUGUUGUAUCUGAAAACAACAUUGAAUCGUUUAUCUGCAAUCUGAUUGUAUUGGAUGUGUAGUAGCCUAACAGGCCAAUCAUAAAUUACCUUGUGAAGUUUUUGGGGAAAAUGUAAUUUGUUGACGUGAUUUUGCAGGUAGAAUCUUUCAUCUCUGUGUCUGUAAAUAGGGAAAAGAAAAAUAUCUGAAACGAGCCAGAACAAGGCGGUUUACUUCUUCCGUUUUAACACAAUAAUAUUUUGCUUGGGAUGAACUUUCAGUUCCGUAUAUGCUGUAAUAACUCAGUUACCUUUUGGCCCGUAUACUGGUAAUAAUGUUAUCUAAAUGAAAUAUCGUAUACACAUGUAGACGGAAAUGGAUUGCUACUUUUAUUACCAUGUCGGUUUACCAUAUAUAAUUUAAAAAGGUGAACUCAAAACCAACUUGCGUAAAAGGAAAAAGCAAGUAGAUAACUUUGUUAUGGGUAUUAACCAUGCUUUCAGAGGUUCUUAUAAUGUGAGCAGUUUACUACAUUGGCCAUAGAGAUCUGUCAUUCAAUAAUACUCAGUAAUAUGCAUUUACGAAACACUCUUUCGUGCAUUCUUUUUCCUUAAGUAAUCCGUCUGAUACAGAUAACCCGAUUUCUGUGGUCACUGUGGAUGAUACAAAAAUGAGGGUAGGCCACGUCGUGGUUACUAAGUGAACACAAUUUUAUGUACAUGUAGUUAUCUGAAUGUAACAUCGCCUUUCCUUUUACUUGUGAAGGUUUGUACACGUACAUUCUACCUGUGCAUUUUGGUGAUGUGCAUUUGACCUGCAUCUCUGUGUUUGCUCACCAGAUUGCCGAGCAAGUGUAGCAUUGUUUCUUAGUUGAUUUUCAAUAAGAACACCAGAAAACAGAA